UGCUCUUCUGUGUAUGGACCGGGGACUGCUUGGAAAGGACUCCUGUGUACAGUGCUAUCCACAUACAGAUUUCAGGCUGUUUAGAUUAGCAGGGUGGCAGACAGUGUCCCUGCCUAGUCCUAUGAUAGCAGGAGGAUCCAGCUCUGCAGCAGCAUUUCAAAGGACAUAAAGAUGCAGUCACAUCCAUUGACUUUAGUGCAGACAACAAACAACUUGCAACAUCUGCAGCAGACACAUUUGUCAUGAUCUGGAAUUUCAAGCCUCAGUCACGUGCCUUUAGGUUUAUUGGCCACAAGGAGGCAGUACUGAGCGUGCAGUUUUCUCCCAUAGGACACUUGGUGGCAUCGGCUUCUAAAGACAGGACAGUGAGACUCUGGACCCCUAAUAUCAAAGGUGAAUCAACCAUAUUUAAGGCCCAUACAUCUUGUGUGCGAUGUGUUGACUUCUCAAAUGAUGGUCAAACUAUUAUCACUGCAUCCGAUGACAAGUCGAUCAAAGCGUGGAAUGUGUAUCACCAACGUUUCCUUUUUUCACUUAGCCAGCAUACAAACUGGGUGAGAUGUGCCAAAUUUUCCCCAGAUGGAAGACUAAUCACCUCAUGCAGUGAUGACAAGACUGUAAGAAUCUGGGACACAACAAACAGAGUUUGCAUUAACACUUUCAUGGAUUACAAAGGGCAUUCCAACUAUGUGAACUUCAACCCAUCGGGAACAUGUGUAGCAUCUGCUGGUGCCGAUAGUACAGUAAAAGUGUGGGAUAUUCGAAUGAACAAAUUGCUGCAGCAUUAUCAAGUUCACAGCGCAGGUGUCAACAGUUUGUCAUUUCACCCGUCUGGUAACUACUUACUUUCUGCAUCUAAUGAUGGCACUGUGAAGGUGCUCGAUCUUCUGGAAGGAAGACUUCUGUACACACUUCAUGGGCACCAGGGCCCUGUUUUGUCAGUGGCUUUCUCUAGAGACGGAGAAAAGUUUGCCUCUGGAGGGACGGAUGCACAGGUUUUAGUCUGGAGGACACAUUUUGACAAGUUUGGCCAUAAGGAAGUUGUGAAACUGCAGCAGAAAAGGCUGUGUCCUGAAGUACCGCCUCAUUUAAAUGAUAUUUAUCCACGGUCUUCACAUUUCCAUACAAGCACUGGUCAUUCUAUUCAGAUUAAUCCGGUGUUUGAAGUACCAAAUACACAAAAUGUACAUCCUGCAAUUAUCGAUGUAAGGAACAAACCAUCUUCCAAACAGCAGGAACAAGAUUGGAACAAUCAUCAAAGAAGUGAAGCCAUGCCUCAUGCUCCUUUAUCAUUACCAAGCACCAGCAUGAAGAAACAUGGUCAUACAGGAAGACCUCUGACAGAUGAACAAUUCGCUCCCCACCCUUCACUGACUAGCACUUUGGAACACAUACUAGAUCAACUGAAUGUGUUGACUCAGACUGUUUCCAUCUUGGAGCGUAGACUGACAAUGACAGAAGAUAAACUGAAAGAAUGCCUAGAAAAUCAGCAGCAUAUGCCUUUGCAAGAUUCAGACACGGAGUGAAGUAGAACAUCUACUAAUCUUACUGUUUCAAGCUCCUCCACUGUAAAUAAAAUAUUUAAUAUGUAUUUAUUAUAUUUUAUUUUU